UUUUGAAAGUGUUUAAAGUUCAACUUCAAAGUUUUAUCCACGUAAAACUAUUUUUGCUUUGAAUAAAACAUUUAGAUGGUGAGUUUAUUCCAUCUCCAGUUUGACAUGGCGAAGCUCACUUCCAGCCAAUACUUGCUUGAUAAAGGCUUUUGUAAGCCAAGUCUCAUUAAUACAAAAUGUUUUCAAUGAAAUCUUUAAAUCUGAUUUGGAAAGACUCUCAAUGAAGUUGAAAAAACUUUCAGGUUUGUUCUCCCAAUCACUAAGAUAGCUUUUCGCACAUCCAUUGAGAUAUAGCUCCUUUAUAGUAGUUCCUUUUAAGCCUGUAUCUAGAUCGAUGACUUUGUCUAAACUGAGUUUGCAGCACGAUAGGUCUAAACACUUAAUGUGCUUGACCAGCAUGAAAAUUCUCUUCAGCUGGGUCCCACUGAUUAUAAAAGAAUCAAAAGUUAUGCUUUCCAAAAUUCUGUGGGUAACUUUUGAUAUUUUCAGGAGUAAUCUGCUUAUAUCUGUCAAAUCUUGUGGGUACACAACCAACUUUCCGAUUGAAGAGGGAAACCAUUCUCUAAAGUUGUCGACUCUUUCAUUUCUUCGGUUUAAAAUUCAAAUCCAAAACCAAGCUGUUUUUACAGGUGGAAAUGCUAAAUUCUGAAUCUUCUUGAUCAUUCUGAUAUCAAUAUGAUCGUGAAUAUUAUAUUUUAUAACAGAUUUUUUAUUAAAUAAUGUUUUUCUUCGAGUGAAGAUUCUAUAAAUAUGACGCCAAAUCUGCUUAUUUAUUAUUGUUGAUUGCCUUUGAUGCUCAGUCGAAGGAAUUCACUCCAAUUUGUAUCUUUCUUGAGCUUCAAUACCUAGAAAAAUUGUAGAACUUUGUAUUUUCUGAGGAAUUAUGCUACAAAUUAUUUUAUUCUUCACAUGGAUUCAAAAGUUUCAAGCUCUAGAGCUAAACCUUCUCUUUAAUCAGAUCUUUUAAGCAAGAAAAUCUUGAAGUUAGUUGAUGCAUCAUGUUAAAAGAGUUUUACUUGAAUCUUCUCAGUACUUGGCAUCUUCACAAGUCUUAUGUUCAUCAAACUCUGAACUCUGUUCAAAGAAUUCACUCACAAAUGUAUUGAGAUGCUCAAUCUUAGUAAGCAAGGAAGAGUCUUGCUUAAUCAUGUUUUCUCCACCGAUCUGGGAAACCUCCAACUUUACUUCAGAGAGCAACUCUUGCAUCUGGGUUCUCUGAGGAGGCAAAAUAUUUUUGUCAUUAGCAAGGAAGAAUUUUUGAGCCUUCUUUAGAGCCUGUGUUAUAUUUUGUUGGAUUUGAAACCCAGAUUUAUUGGCUCGCUGAGUUUGUAAAUUAUCCUUAACCCAAUUUUGUUCUACAAGAUGUUCUGUCUGAACCCGAGACUCAUGAAUGUUGGGGUUAGUAGAACUCUGUGUAUCCUUUGACUCCAUUACU